AGAAAGAAAAGAGCGACCAGGCUGCUUGCUUAAUCAUGACGUAGGACUCGUCGGACCUGAGUGGCCUCGAUCUACACACACUACACCCACCAACUCUUCAGCAGUAUCCGUCGCGACGCCCACCCACAAUGGCUCGCAUCUUCAUCACCGGCUCAUCUGACGGCCUAGGCUCUGUCGUCGCCAAACGCCUCGUCGCGAACGGUCACUCGGUCGUCCUCCACGCGCGCAACGCCCAACGAGCGGAAGACGCGACGACGGCCUGCCCGGGCGCAGAAACAGUCGUCACUGGCGACCUAUCUAGCAUUUCCGAGACGAAAGCACUUGCCGGUGAGGUGAAUAAGCUCGGCACCUUCGACUGCGUAAUUCACAAUGCGGGGCUGUAUCGCUGCUCGUUCAGAAAGACGGCGGAUGGCUUCCCGGCACUCGCUGCCGUGAACACCCUCGCGCCGUACAUCCUCACAUGUCUCGUCAACCGACCGAAGCGCCUCAUCUUCCUCUCGUCAGAGAUGCAUCAGAGCGGCGAUAGCAGCCUAGAGGACAUACUGUGGACACAACGCGGGGAGCGGGGCUGGAGCGACUCUGCGGCCUACUGCGCGAGCAAGCUACACAACGUCAUGUUUGCGAAGGCCUUUGCAAGGCGGUGGCCCGACGUAAAGAGCAAUGCCCUCGACCCCGGUUGGGUGCCGACAAAGAUGGGCGGGAGUGGUGCGCCCGGCAGCAUAGACGCCGCCGUAGAGUCGUAUGUUAUGCUCGCCGAGGGACAGGAGCCGGGCGCACAGAAGAGCGGGAGGUAUUUCAGGCCUGGAAAGAGAGAGGGCAGCCCGAAGAGCGUUUCAAACGACGAGAAGGCUCAGGACAGGUUGCUGGACAUCUGCGCAGAAACUACUGGCGUGAAGCUUCCGUGAGGGAAGAGCACGACGCCAAAAUACAAUAAUAGACAAUUGCGAGUGCAGUCCAUUCGCCAAAUCCCCUCUUUCCUGGUCGGCCUCUUUUCAAUCGAGAACCUCAGCUGAGCGACUCUGUAGGCACCGGCUUA